AUGUGCGCCUUUCUUGACGGCCGAACCCAAGAAUGUAAAUUCACAGAUUACGACGCCACCAAUCCGGUUAUUCUUCCACGGAAUCACCACAUCACUAGGCUUAUCGUGUCCAACGCACACAAGCAGUUUAACCACCAGAACCAUGAGACGAUCAUCAACGAGCUUCGCCAGCGAUUCUGCAGUCCACUUCUGAAGGCAACAUACCGUGCGAUCCGGAAGGAGUGCCAACAGUGUAAAAAUAAACAGGUUGCCCCGCAACCACCUGCGAUGGCCGAUCUACCACUCGCUCGCCUGGCUGCCUUUGCUCGACCAUUUACGUACAUGGGGAUAGACUAUUUUGGCCCAAUGACGGUAUCCGUCGGACGACGCACAGAGAAACAUUGGGGGGUACUGACAACGUGUCUUACCAUUCGCGCGGUACGUUUAGAACUUGCUCACACACUGACGACAGAUUCCUGUAUGAUGGCUAUACGCAAAAUCUUCGCUAGAAGGGGAGUUCCUGCAGUGAUCUACAGCGACCGUGGCACAAACUUCCAGGGCGCCAGCAAGGAACUACAGCUAGCGCUGCAGGAACUCGACGACGACUGGCUGACGCGAGAGUUCACCACGGCUAGAACGGAAUGGGCUUUCAAUCCGCCAGCCUCUCCCCACAUGGGGGGAGCAUGGGAGCGUCUGGUUCAGUCCGUGAAACGGAACCUAACUGUGCUGCAAUCGAAUGCUACGCCAACUCACGACGUGCUCCAGAACGCGUUGGUGGAAGUUGAGAACGUGCUCAACUCGCGGCCACUCACUAGCAUCCCGCUGGAGUAUGAUGAAUCUCCAGUGCUGACGCCCAACCACUUUCUACUGGGUACUCAAAACAAAACGGCCUACAACCGUGGGUGCCGUUCGACGACAGCUCUGCAGCUCUACGAAACAGCUGGCAACGUUCGCAUACGUUCGGUUAGAGACUAUCUUCCAACACUAACUCGGAAACCGAAGUGGCUCACACCAGUAAAACCCAUUGCAGUCGGCGACGUCGUCAUCAUCGUGGACCCAAAUCUAGGGCGGAACUGCUGGCCGAAGGGUCGAGUUAUCUGUGUCAAACCUGGUGCAGAUGGACAAGUGAGAUGGGCGACGGUGCAGACAGCCAACGGAAUCUACGAGAGACCUGCCAUUAAACUCGCUGUCCUGGACAUAGGCGUUGAGAAGAAUGCUCUUCAGGAAGACCCUAGCCGCAUUCCGGGGGGAGUGUUAAUAGCGCCAUACAGUUCAGCGAGCCCCUCGGCGCCCAUACAGCAAAGGGGGAUGUAA